AUCGUCAAGCAACUUGAGAUUAAAUUCAUCCCACGUUCAACUUCCUUACGUUAACGGAGGCAGCGGAACGGGACAGGGUUUGACUGAGCGCCGAACUGAGCGUCGAGAUCAAAGUACUCAAACACCCGAAAAUAUUGUGAGAGAAACCAGAAAUUCAAAGUUGAGGUCACUGAAAUUGCAGCUCAACCAUACCAGUUCUAAUUUGACGAAUUUUCGAUUACUCGCCAGCAGAGUGAAACGAAAACACAUAUCCGCCAAUGCGGUGGCCACUGAACAAAAAGCUUCCAAAGUCCUCGGCAUCGUUUUCUUCACAUUCGUCCUUUGCUGGUCGCCAUUUUUCAUCCUCAACAUAUUCUUCGCCGUCUGCCCAGACUGCAACGUGCCCAAGGACGUCGUCAUGGUGUGCCUGUGGCUGGGCUAUGUCAGCUCGACAAUCAAUCCCAUCAUCUACACGGUGUUUAACAAGACCUUUAGGGGAGCUUUCAUCAGGUUGUUGCUAUGCAAAUGCCAAAGGUAUGUCGGUGUUUCGCCCUUUACAACCAGCGGAAGGGUUUCUUCGACCAGUUAUUCUUAAAGGCUAUUCUUUUUUGUAAGUUACGAUUGUAAAGAAAUUUUUGUGUGGAGUG